GAUAAAAUAUUGUCGUCCUUCUAGGAAUAAAUGAAUGAGAAAUUGUGUUCAUAAUGUCCAACAGUACUUCAGCCAGGAAUUUCGUUCCAAUGACAAACAAAUAUGAUAGAGUUAUACUUCUAGUGGAUAUGGAUUGUUUUUAUUGCCAAGUUGAAGAAAAAUUGGACCCUUCCCUAAAGAAUCAACCACUGGCAGUAGUGCAAUAUAAUGCCUGGAGGGGUGGGGGUAUAAUUGCAGUAAAUUAUGCUGCACGUGCCAAAGGAGUUACACGCCAUAUGCGAGGAGAUGAAGCUAAAGAACAGUGUCCAGAUAUCCAAUUAGUUAAAGUGCCGAAUGUUCGUGAAAAAGCCGAUUUAACGAAAUAUCGUGAUGCUGGCAAAGAAGUUGCAAAUGUGUUGCAGCGUUUUACACCACUUUUAGAAAGAGCCUCCGUCGAUGAAGCCUAUCUUGAUAUUACAGAUGCUGUUAAUAAGCGUCUCCAGGAAAUGAAUAAUGGCACAUUCAUAUUGCAACCUCAGGAGUUGGUAAAUACAUAUGCAGUCGGGUUUCCAACAAUCGGAGAAUACGUGACAACAAUCACAUCGAGUUUUAUAACCAAUCCUUUAGCUGAUGAUGAUAACUUCUAUCGCAAUUUCAAUGAAAAUGAUGUUCCGGCAGUACGACAGAGUAAUAUUCGUUUAUUGAUAGGUUCAUCCAUUGCAAGCGAAAUUCGAAGUGCCGUAAAAGCAGAAACAACUUACGAGUGUUCAGCAGGUAUUGCGCAUAACAAGAUUUUGGCAAAAUUAGCUUGUGGCAUUAACAAACCCAAUAAGCAAACGAUUUUACCUUUGGCCCAAAUCCCUGGUCUGUUUGAAACACUGCCAGUUGGAAAAAUAAAAGGGCUUGGGGCUAAGUUUGGGGAAGAAGUGUGCGAACGUUUAAGCAUUCGUUACUUAGGUCAGUUGUUAAAAUUUACUGAGGCGGAAUUACAAAGGAAAUUCGAUGAGAAAAAUGGCACUUGGCUAUAUAACAUAUGCCGCGGCAUUGAUCUUGAAGCAGUUACACCACGUUUUUACUCCAAAAGCAUUGGAUGCUGUAAAAAGUUUCCUGGACGAAAUAAUAUUACCGGCUUAAAAACACUACAACAUUGGCUAAACGAAUUGGCAAAAGAAAUACACGAAAGAUUGGAUAAAGAUAUAUGCGAAAAUAAUCGGCGAGCUAAACAAAUGGUUGUGAAUUUUAUACAAGAAUUUGAUGGUGAAGAAGUAUCAAGCUCUCGUUCAGCCCCUAUACAGUGUUAUGAUACUGAAGUGUUGGCCAAAACAUGUUUAGAAAUUAUAAAAGCCAAUACAAAACAAGUCUUUCGCUCUGGCAGCGAAAGUGUCCUAAAUAAUCCAAUCAAGUUUUUAGGUAUAAGUGUUGGUAAAUUUGAAACAAUUUCAAAAUCACAAAAUAACAUACAGGAUAUGUUUGCCCAACAAGCAGCUAAAAAACAGAAACUUAAAAUAGAAGGUGAAGACGAAAAUCAAAAAUUGCCAUCAACUUCAAUAUCAACUCCCAAGCUAAACGAAGAAUCUAGAAAUAGUAGUACAUCCAAAGAAAUGCCUAAAGAAAAAAAGUAUCAAAAUAUGAAAAGUUUCUUUUUAAAUGCAAUAAAGAAGGACCCAAAUAAAGAAUCCACAAAAUUAGAAGUAAAUGAUAAUAAUAUGAACGUAGUAAAUAAGACAAACAUAAGUUUAGAACAAUACCCAACUAAUCACAUUGAUAUAAUAACUAAACCUCAAGAUGAAUUAUCAAUAUCAAGUGAUGAUAGUGUUAAAGAAAUACCAAAGAAAAGUUUCUUUGCUCGAGUCCUAAGAAAGAGUGAGGAUCCAACGAAAAUAAUGGAAAUAACUAGCGAAACUUCCAUAACAUUGGUCAACACUAGUCAUUCAAAUACAAAUUUAAACUCAGAAGAAAACAAUAGCAGCAAUAAUGAAUUAAAUGAUUUAAUUAAUGAUAUAAAUACCAUGCAAAACGAAGAAAAUGAAUAUAAUUUAGAUAUACAAAAUAAGACAAACUCAUUGAAUAAUAAUACAAAUAAUGGCGAGAUAAAAACCGUUCAUAACUCAAAAGUUCCAAUGCCAGCUAUGGUAUCAAAUUCUAGUAGUGCUUUAAUAAAUAUGAAAAGAAAACAUGAUACAAUUUUAGAUAAUGAGGUGCAAAUUUCAACCGAUUACCGAUCCGAAUAUGCAGAAUUUGCCAUGCCAGAAUUUAGACCAGAAUUUUUACAAUUUACCAAUUGCUCUCAAUGUAAUGUCAAAAUUCUUAAUGAUCCAACAUCUAUACAGACUCAUAAAGAUCACCAUUUUGCUCAAGAGCUCAGUCAGCAACAGCGUAAUGAAUUUAGAGAUGAAAUUCGUACAAAAAUUAAUUCAUCAAAAUCACCGCCUAGUAAUGACAGCAAUAAGAAGUUGAGAAAGGUGCAACUUCUAAACAAUUCAAUUAAAAAACCAUUAGCAGCUGAUAUAACAAAAUUUCUAAAACCUUCAUCGUCUUCAUCGUUGGCAUCUACAUUAAACAAUGAUCAAACUCAGGUUCCAGUAAACAAUAAUACAACUAAUGUUGAAACAUGUAAUAUUUGUAAAUUACCUAUUAGCAUUGAGGAGAUUUUGGAACACAAAGAUUUCCAUAUGGCUAAAGAUUUACAAAGGAAACUUAAUCAAUUAGAAGUCCAUACAGUAGAAGUGGUGAAGAAACCGGUAUCCGAUAUAUCACGAAAAAAUAUGAACUCUUCGAUAAUUGCGCCAUCGCGUCAGACUAAGAUUAACGCUAAAUCUAUUACACAGUUUUUUACUCAAUCUAAUAUGUAAUAAAUUCUAAAUUUAUUUGUUAUAACCGAAACGUUUUCUGUAAGUACAAAGUAUUUUAACACUAAUAUACAAUAAAGUGAUUCUUUUUAUUUA